UACGCCCCCUCACAAAUUCAAGAAUGGAUGUUCUUUUCUGGCACAAUCUUGAGAUAAAAUGUGCAAUCUUGCAUAUUUUCAAUCGAAAUUCUAUUGGCCCAAUCCUUUGGAAGAAUUCUGAAUUUGGCGUUUCAGAUUAGACAAGUUGGAUGAAGAAGAAAAGAAGAGGAGAGAGAGGCUCCGCAAGAUGAAGAAACUCGUACAAGAGACCAUUGUAUAGAACACCAUGACGACGACAAGAGAGGGAAGAGCAACGGAGGGCGGCGAGUGAAGGCCAAGAUGUCAAUUUCUUUACUACUACUGUGAGUGAUGGAUGAAUCCAAACAAAAACCGGUACAAGAAGAUUGGGUGAAGCAUCAAUUGAAAUCAAGAAAUUGGAAAUUGCUGCUGAAAAUAAUCAUCUCCUUAUUUAUUUAUUUAUUUUUAUUUUUUAUUUUCUGGGUACAAGAUGAGAUUUCAAGAAACUCAUUGCGGACAAAACUUCCCAAGAAUUCUUCCUGCUUUGUUCUUUGCUGAUAAUAAGCUAAAAGGAAUUCAACAAUAAAUGUAGCAGAUUUGAAGGCAAACAGGGCUAUUUACUUCUUCACUAAACAGUGCCUUUGGUAUGCAAUGAUCCAACUGGCAGGGACUGUCUACCAUCAAGCGAGACAAGAAUGGGUAACAAAACAAGAAUACGACAAAAACUUUGUGGGGGCGCUGGGACUACAUUAGUUAUUUUUGAACUAUCUUAGAACUGUUCAAUUUGAAGGCCCAUUAUGGGGUUAUUGAGAAAGAAAAUGAAAACAGGGAAAUCUUUUUAUAGAAAUCCUAAUGACAGGGAGGCAAUAGAUCUUGUUUCUUUGCUUGACACACUAGAUAGUUGUCACCUUUCUUGGGCUUUGGAGAGAAUAAUUUGGUCCUUGGAUAAUUCUGGUAUUUUUCCUUAUAAACACUUUUCAAAUUUUAUUUAUUCCAAAUUUCUAAUUGAAAUCAUUUCUGUUUGUCUGAUAAUAGUUGCAAGGCUAAAGUAAGGCUUCUGUGUGGCGGUCUCUAAUAUAAUUGAAACCAAUGCUUAUUGCAGAUUCCUAGAUCUAAUAGGGUUUUAUUUCCUGAUGUUUUUUUUCUUAUUUUUAAGAAUGAGAUGACUAGCCAUCUCUAUGGAAUAUCUGGAAUUGUCUUUUUUAGUAUUUUUGGGGAUCUUUGGGUUUACCUAGGAAUCUACAAGGUUAUUUUAGGGCUUUAGGAUAGAGAAGAAUUGUAAGAUCUUUUGGAGGUGUGUUUUGAUGCUAGUGGGCUGGUGUAAUUGGAUGGUGGGUAAUGCUAGAAUUUUAAAAGAUUAAAGUCCGGACAUGCAAUUAAUUGGAUUGGGAGAUGUCUAAUUCUCCUCUUUGUAAAUUCUUCUCUUAUUAAUGAAGUCUUGUAUUUUGCUAUAAAAAUAAUUUUUUUUUUUUUUGGAUAGGGAUUAGGGAGGUUUUCUUGGUUUCUCUGUGGUCUUCAGCUUUGGAGCGUUUAGAGGAUUUUCUUUUGGCUGAUAUUCAGAGGGACUGGAAGGCUGUAUUGUUUUAGUAUCUCUGAUGUUUUUUGCUUCUCUCUGUUUUUGUCUCCUCAUUUUUCCUCUACUUUUUAGGAGGUUGCCUUGUUCUUCUGUAGAACUUUUCUCUCUUUUCUAUUUGCUUCUUGUGUGUGUGUGUGUGUGUUUUAUUUUUUUGGAAUUAUUUACAAUUAGAAGUCUCGACAACUUUGUUAGAAAGAUUUCUUUCAGUAUUUUAAUGAGUUUUGGAUUUUUCCUCAAUCCUGAUUUAUUGAGUGUUAAAACCAUUUGUAGAAUAAUUUUAGCGGGGUGCCUAAUGUGUUUUCUUAGUUGUCAUUCUUUGUGUCGAUUGUCUUUUGAAAAUCUUACCAACUUUAUGCUUCAGAAAAUAAUUCCAUUCCAUGAAGUUACAUGUGUACGAAAAGCGAAAACAGCUGGGAUAUUCCCUAAUGCGAUAGAAAUUUUGGCCGGUAGUAGAAAGUACUUUUUUGCAUCAUUUCUAUCUCGUGAUGAAGCCUUCAAGCUUAUAAAUGAUGGAUUGUUGCAGCAUGGUACUAUUGCUAAAGCAAUCACAGAUCAACAGGAUUCAAAAUCUGAGUCUGGUAGCCAAGACAAUGGAAUAAUUGAUAAUGAACAGGUCAACAGUUCCAGCCCAGUCAAUGGAUUGGAUUCAAUUGAAAGGAAUGAGGAUACCCCUGUUUUCCAAGAUUCUAAGCUUCUACUCAAUGGUGAGGAUGUUAUAGUUUCAGAAACACUUUCAGAAGUGCAAGAUUAUAUAGAAGAGGAUACUGAAGCCGCUUUUAAUACUGCUACUUUAUCUUCAUCUUUUGGAAAGACUUUGUGGAAGCAGGAGGAUUCUGAAGCCCCCAAGGUACCUGAAUAUUACACAAAGGUUGCAGAGUCAAAGUUCCCGAUAAAGGCAGAGGAAUUUUUUACUCUCUUUUUUUCGGAUGAUGCUGUUGAUUUUGUUGAAUCAUAUCAUGGAAUAUGUGGAGAUAAAGAUUUUAGGUGCACUUCAUGGUGCCCUCAUGAAAAAUUUGGACAUGUUCGCGAUGUGUCAUUUCGACAUCCCAUUAAAAUAUAUUUUGGUGCAAGAUUUGGCAGCUGUGAGGAGGUUCAGAAAUUUCGUGUUUACCGAAACAGUCAUUUGGUUAUUGAGACUUCACAAGAAAUCAGUGAUGCACCUUAUAGCGAUUAUUUCCGUGUUGAGGGCCUGUGGGAUGUGGAGAAAGAUGGAGCAGAAUCAACAGACUGCUGCAUUUUGAGGGUGUAUGUGAAUGUGGCAUUUUGCAAGAAAACCAUCUGGAGAGGGAAGAUUGAGCAGGCUACAGCAGAAGAAUGUCGAGAGGCUUUUGCCAUUUGGAUAAACAAUGCACAUGAAUUGUUGAAGCAGAGGGAGCUUGAAAAACAGGAAGAAGAAAGCCCAAAGGCUAACAUGAUUCAGAAUGGUCAAGUUCAUGGGGAAAUGCAAAGAGAAUCAGGGGAACUCUCAGAAAGGUUACCUGAAGCACAUGACCAUUUAAGAAUCCCACAAACUGUAUCUGGUUUCAGGGAUGCCAACCAAGGAGUAGGCAAUUCAACACAAGGAAAUUUGAUUGAGGCUAAUUCCACAGGUUCUUUGUUUAGAAAAUUUAUGGCAAGACUAUGUUCAUCUAUGAAAACUCAAAACCAAAUUUCAGUGGUCUUGGUAAUCACCUUCGCCAUGAUCCUUCUUUUAAUGCAGCUGAGCAUAGUCGUGUUACUAAGUAGACCGCAGCAAGUCCACGUGAUUCAAGCGGAUUACAUGAGCACCGUAGGCAGUGGAGCAGGAGAUAGAGUUCCGGAUACAGCGGCCUGGCUGGAGCGGCAGAUUCUUCACCUCAAGGAUGAGAUGCUCAUGGUCGAAAGUCGUCUUGAGAAGAUGCGGCAGGAGCACUCAAUGUUGAAAGCACAACUGAAAGACCUAGAGAAGCUUAGGAAGCAAAGAUGGUAACCAACUGUAUAUUUUUACACGAUUCCACCUGGGUAAAUAUAUUCAUUUCCAUUUCUCUUUUUAAAUUUUCUUCUGUUGAAAAAUUUUCUCAGCCUGUAAAUGGUGUCCAAUUUGGUUCCUAAGUGAGUAAAAUAUAGGGAAAACUUGUUGCCAUCCAAUAAUCACAAAAUAUGGCAGCAUUGAGGUGGUGUUUCCUUUGACCCUAUUAAGAUGCUUAUGGAUAAAUAUAUCUGUUAAGAAGCUUCCAUUAA